GCCAAGAUUUUGUAUCAAAAUGGCUGCCGUUUUGCAUUUUAUUUUCGUAUAGGAAGAAAAGGCGUUUUGGAGUCCAUAUGGGCAUGGACACAUUACAAUUUGUUUAAAAAACUGAAUUAACUUAACCCAAACCAAUGGCUGUGCAACUCCAUGUUGAUGAGACAUCUUGUGGGCCGAUGUGCCAGCACCCAGCAUGUUGGCAGUCCAACAUACGUCAAGACAAGGGCUUUCCCAGGAUGAAACCCUGUCUUCGCUCACCACCAGAUAUUGAACUGGAUCUGCCUACUAUGAAAGUUUACAACAUGUUGGGGGAUUAUGGUAACGACAAUCGGGACCUUUAUCCUGCACAAUUUAGUGGGAAACCUGCCCAUGAAAGACAGGACAUGCUCCAUAGUAUGCAAAAACCCAUCAGAGAUCAAAGCAUAAAAGUAACAAGAGCCCCCCAGCCAUCUCCAAAGUCAGGCUCCAUCCAGACUCAACAGUCCCGGUUUAAAGUUGUGGAGGUUCAAGAAGUUUUUGACCCAGAGGAUUUGCAAGGCACAUGGGAUGACACAUUUGUGCCCAAGUCUUACUUCAUGUGGGUGCCAAACCAGAAGAAGAAGAGACAGAAGAAACACUGGCUUGCCCAGUCAGACAGCAAGAGUGUGGUGAAGAGCAAGGCGGGAAUCAAGGACCUCACCGAGAGCAUGGUUCCGAAGGAGUUAGAACACGCCCGUCUCACUGCAAGGGAUGACUUUCCAGUUAUGAAGCCUUUAAACGAGAACCAUCGGUACCAGGCUUACAACAGUCCUAGAUCACGGAAAAAGAGGGCCCUGAAGUCUCCCAGACCAUACACAAUGACCCCCAGAACAGCAAUGGCCUCUUCCAAAAUGGAGUUUGACCAAGAAGGUUUAAGAACACAAACACAGAGCAAGGGUCGGAUAAGCGUUCCCGUCCCGUCUAGACUCAGUGGAUGGGUCACGCCCGGGCGUAAUAUUUAUCUGAGCAUCAGUGAGCUGCUAGACCUUCCCCGAGAUAUCCUGGUUCAGGUCCUAGAAAACACGCGACAGAGUGACCUGAUGUCCAGAGAGCGCAUAAGGGAGAUAAUCCGGAGAUUCAUGCCACCUCAGCUUGACCGGGGAAACACCAACAUGUCAUUGGCCAGCCAGGACCUUCUCCAGCAGAAGAAACUUAACCUGCAUGAAGGCAACAAGAAUGUCCGGCAGCCUCACCUCAUGGAGACCAAGCCUGUGUUUUACCUCGACGAUGAUGUGAUGGAUGAGGAGUUUGAUGAGGAUCUACAGCGCCCUACAAGCCCCUACGGCUCCCUUAAGGACCUGUACUUUGGGGGUAUGGGGGCCCCAAGGGAGUUCAGCAAAUACAGGAGGCCCUUGCCAGCUAUCGGGGGUGAUCGUGCUGUAAGUGCAGGAGUUCUGGCGCAGACGAAGAUCCCGUCAAUUUCCCUCGGUCUUCCAGAACUGCCCAGCGGCAUCAAACACACAAAGGCUUUCACUUACAAGCGCAAGAAUGAAUUUGACUUUACUCUUGGUAGAGGCUUCAGUUCUGCUUCCACUCGCCGUAGCUCCCGAUGUUCAAAAAAAGGUCCCGUCCCGACACCACCCACAAGUGUGAGAAGCACAGAGACGCCAGGGUCUGACCACGGCACCACGAUCCGGGUGAACAUGCCCUCUGAGGUGUCAAACCAGAGUGAACAUGGCAGCGAGACAAGGCUUAGGGCAAAAACUUCUGCAAGGGGCACACCAGACCGCGCAAUCCAUUCUGUGUCGCCAACAUUCUCUACUAAGGUACCCAAAGCCCCUGCGACCACACCUGCUACUUACCACCCAUCCUCCCCACCGACUCGUUCUGGGCGGGACCUGACGGGCUCUUCAAUACCUAACACUCCUGGGGAAUGGCCACCCAAGACAGGGUCCCCACUACAGAUACUCAGGGCUCCGGUCAAUACGCCGGGUUCCAUUAUGCAGGAUGCUGGACUGGGUACCAUUCCUGAGAACCAUACAGAUGAUGGUACAGACCAGGCCCACCCCAUGUCUCGGGGACGGAGCGUGAGAUUCGAGAUUCCAGAGGUCCCUCCGCCUCCCUCCUCACCCCAGCUCUCCGAUGAUGGUCAGAAAGACCCUAGCAGAAACACUGUUACAGUCAACACCAGCGUUCCUAGGACAGCAGACAUUUCAGAAAGUACUGAGACCAAGCCUAUGUCAGGAACUACUCUCAGAACUGAUGCAAACACUGUCAACACCUCAGCUCUUCCGAAUGAGAACUCAUUUCUUCGCUCACAGACUCUCCCAACCAGAGAGCUUUCUAUGGCAUCUACACCUGAGCCUUGGCCACAGGUAAAUGAGGCAGAUUAUGAGGCUAUCCCAACCACAACUCCUGAAUCUCCUGCACUAAACACUGUAACUCCCGCUACUGUCACUACUGGCCAUGGACUGUCUGAACUGGAAGAGAGAGCUAUUGAAAAUGAGAAGCUUGGUCAGAAGAAAGAACCAAUAAAGGUUCCUAGUCCAGAGAAAGAAGAUAGUAAAGAAACUGAACUCACUGAAACUGAGAGAGAUGAGAACUAUGUGAAUAAGACUCCAGUCGAACAUAGUAGUGAAGCAGUUAAGAAAAUACUGGAAGAUUCUCUCAAAGCAGAGUCACCAGCACCGCCACCUCCUUCUCCUGAACCAAAGCAGGACAGUAAUGUUAGCGCUAACAACAGGAAAAUUGACUCUCUUCCAACUGAGCAGAAUGCUGACUCUGACAUGACAGUUGUGCAGAUUCCGCCAAAAGGGAAGACCAACGGGAAAAGAUUGUUGAAUAGACAAAUAGACACUUUCCAAAAUAUUGACAUUCCUGCAAAGUUUGAUGAUCUAUCUGAGAAUGCUACAAUUGGGACAAAGCUUGCUGAGCCUAAGAAUGAGACAAUUGUAGAGGAGUCUGAGCAUGAAGAAGAAAAUGAAACUCCUGAAGUUGAUAAUGAUACUGCUGAAACUAAAACAGAUGCUGAAGUUAUUAAUGAGUCAAAUCAAGAUAAAACUUUCUCUGUUCAGGGCAGCAGUCUUGCCAAUAGAACUGUUUCUGAGCCAGCUCAGUCGGAAAUGUCAAGCCCAAUGAUAGAGCCAGCGGUGUCUCAGACCUCCCAUAUGCCUGCAAUGUCUGAUGUCUCGGAAAAAACUUCUGAACUGGAAGUGUUUGUGGAUUGGACUGGAGUGGUAGGGAGCGCUGAAAUUCCAAUAUUAGAAGGGGAUUCUGAAAAGGAAAUUCCUGACAUGACCGAGGAUGGGGGAGACCAUGAGGGUUUUAAAGAUGACCUGAGACAGGAAUAUAAAAAACUUGACAAAGAGAGUGAGGACCAACCUGAAAGAAAGUUAAAUGAAACAUUUUGAAUUAUAAAUUUUUUCGAUGUUAAUAAUUGCUAUAUUUAUAAAUUUAUAACAGCCUUUUGUGAUAAUUGUUAAGUUGCAAUGUUAGAUUCUAAGGUUGCUGUUAGAUUUUAUACAAAAGUUUACCUAUAGUCAGGAUUUUUGUCAGCAUUUAAUUUUGUCUGUGAUAAAUUUGUUGAAUGGAUUUCUUGUUUUCUUUGUUAAAUUUAAAUACAUGCACACGAGGCCUUAUUAAUAACUAUAAAUAAGAUGCAAUUUAUGUAUCUGUACAUUUUGAUUGUGCAUUAUCAAAAUGGAUAGGAUGCACAUAAUUUUCAAUGAAAGUGUUAAACAUUGAAUCAGAUAAUGGAAAAUGAAUUUGUAUUUUGUAGAGAUCAAACCAACUAAGUAACGGUACAUGUAUGAUGAUCACCUUGGAUUUUAAUUUUGAAGUCAUGCUUUGAGAUAUUAAAUGCUUUUUCAUGAUAUAAUCAUGCUCCAAUUACAUGUAUAUGUAUAUUACAAGUAAAUCAAUGUUUGUGAUAAAUGUAAAAUUAAAUUUCCAAUUUCAAUAUGAAAUAUUUUGAAGACAUUUUAGAUAGAGUUAAAUUGCAUUAGUCAAAACCUGACAAUACAUGAAGUAUUAGUGAUGUGUAAUAGAGUUAUUGUUAUAAAUGGGAUAAUGCAAUGUUGUCAGUGCUGUUAUGAAUUUUGUAGUUUAUCAUGACAGUAUAUUAUUAAAGGGAAUCUCCCUCAGAUUUAAUGUUUGUGAUCAUUAUUAUAUCUAUUUUUUAAAUUGAGUUAUGUUAUUUGUUUAUAUAACACACUGCCAGAUAAUCAUAGUAAAUAUAUUUUUGUAAAAUACAGCUUAAAAUUGUUCCAUUUCAAUAGAGUUUUAAAGGCUGUUUCUUCAAAAUGUAAUGAAUAAUAUAUGCCACAUUGGAAAAUAACUUUGGGGAUUAUAUCUUGUUUGCAAUCCUCCAAUGAAAACUUACCAUUGUAAUUUUUUGUUUAAAUGCCUUACCAAAUUUAACAGGAAAGAGCACCUUCAAUAUUUGUUUUAUUGGUUUUAAUUACAUACAUUUCACUUUGUAAGCAUUAUGUACUAUGCUACCAUACUUGUACCUGAAAUUUCAUCUCAUUCAUUUUUGUUGAUACUGAUUACAAUACUGUAAUAAAUUUGUUUGUGUAA